AUGAUUAUUGUGAAAUAUUUGGACCAGGAAGUGAUUAAAAAAGUUUUUACCGGAGGUAUUUCUAACCAAUUGUACGGUUACUAUCAGGAAGGUAAUUUUGAGGAAAAUGUAAUUCAGGUGAGGACAGAGUUUAUGAUAGACAGAGAUGUUGAAAAACAAAAUAUACAGCUUCUAAGUGCAGCCGGAAGAAGCCCACCUCUUUAUGCUUCAUUUGACAAUGGCAUAGCAUAUGGUUUUGUACAGGGUUGUACCCUUGAUGAUAAAACUAUACGUGAUGAAAAGAUCAGGAAAUUGAUAGCUGAAGAGAUGAUAAAGGUCCAUGCAAUUAUACCAGAGGGUAGGCAGGUGGUUUCAGCACUGUGGGACACACUCUAUAGAUUCCUGGAUUUGUCUCCUGAAGGAUUUGAAAACCCCGAGAGAAAUAAACAAUAUCUUGCAAAGAUUAAGCCAAAAGACGUGUUAAGAAAAGAGUUAGAUGAACUUCGUGUACAUCUAGAGGCGCUUAACUCCCCUGUUGUGUUCUGCCAUAAUGAUCUUUUGCUCAAAAAUAUCAUUUACAAUGAAGAAAAAGGUUGUGUUUAUUUUAUUGACCACGAGUAUGCCAUGUUUAAUUAUGAACAUUUUGAACUUGGAAACCAUUUCUGUGAAUAUGCAGGUGUAGAUAAUCUGGAUUUCUCACGAUAUCCGGAUAAAGCAUACCAGAUAGAAUGGUUACGUUAUUACCUUCAACAGUUGGCUAAAAGUAGAGGAGAAAAUCCAGAGGCAGUCACUGAUAGAGAUGUUGAAAUCUGUUAUGUGAAGACCAAUAAAUUUGCGCUGGCUGCACAUUUGUUUUGGGGAUUUUGGGGACUUGUUCAGUCAAAACAUUCAGCAAUAGACUUUGGAUUUUUAGAUUAUGCAGAACUAAAAUUGAACGAAUAUUUUGCCAGAAAAGAAGAAUUUUUAGCAUUGGAAUUACCAGCAUAAUGCUAGCCUAUUCUUAGCUUUAUUUCCUAUAUUAGAAUUACCUCAAUUUUAUUGAUUAAGUUUAUUAGAGGAUUCGGUUAAUUAGAGUCAUUGUUUUAAUCAGUAUUGUGAUGGGUUGUCUGUAAUCUAAAUUUUGGGCAUUAGGUACAUGUUAAUUGAAAUAGAUAUAUUUAUAUAAAAUGUUCUCUAACAAACUCCCCUCAUUUAAUAAGCAUCCAAUUUUCCUCCCAAACUUUUUAACAAAGAAAAAUUUUAGUUAUCAAGACAAUAGCUUUAAUUUUCUAGCUUGAAGGAAUUAAGCACAAUUUUUAAUUACAAUCCAGCUGAAACUAACUCAAAGACAGUAAAUAGGGGCAUUUUUUUUUUUUUAAUUUUUAGAGAAGAUACGGUAUUCUUCAAAUUUUAAAGUGUGGUAAAGACUUGUGCUUAAACUGGAGGAACCGAAAGCGACUAACCUUUUUCACCAGUAAAGAGCCAUGCCAGCUUGUACAUCCGUGCAGUCUGGCCAGGCUCUAUACUGUUGGCAGAUUA